GGCUUGUGACGUUUGGACAGGUUUGACGUUUGAAGGCGAUGAGAGUUAUUAAUUUACUUGUAUAAAUGCAGGAAUAGGAAUAAUUUGAGUUGUCACGCUUCUGGACGAAUUCUUCAUUCGUAUUAGAAUGGCUGUGUGCAUAGCAGUAAUUGGUAAAGACAAUUCUCCAAAGUAUAUUAGGUGCUCCGAUGAUUCGGCAGCAUUACAGUUUCAUUAUAAAGUUCAUACUUCUAUUGAUAUCAUAGAAGAGAAGUUAAAUGUUGGAAAGAAAGCAGUCGUUGACAGCAGGGAACUCUAUCUGGGAUUACUAUGUUCUACAGAAGAGUAUAAAAUAUUUGGAUAUGCCACAAAUACAAAAAUUAAGUUCGUAAUGCUAUUGCAAUCAACGAACACCUUGUUACGGGACAAUGAAGUUAGAAUGAUUUUUAGAAAAUUACAUGCUGCCUAUGCAAAUGCAGUGUGUAAUCCAUUUUACAUUCCUGGCGAUCAAAUCACGUCGAAAGCUUUCGAUUCAGCUGUAAUGGAAAUAAUGGGUCUCGUAUGACCCUCGGCAACAUUUUCAAAAUAAAGUUCAAUGGUUACUAGGUUGUUUUAUCCAAAAACCCCAAUGAGCAAAUUUUUGUCCAUUUUCUUCUUCCGUGGGUCCUCGAAAUACUUUAAUUUUUACACGAGGUAUAUCUAUAAGAAAUAAAUAGCAUUGCAUCGAUUUGACAUUGUUCAUAUUAAA